CCUGCUUUGACACUUUUAUUUUUUUAGCCUCAAACGCUAAGAGACUAUAACGAACAUGAGCUCACCUGCUACAAAAGAAGAUAUUCCUGAUAUUGAAACUGGAGAACAACGCAGCUUUGUCAAGUUUUACCGAUCAUUGCCGGACGUUGAAGAAGGAACCAUUCGGUUUUUCGAACGCGACGCCAACCAAAAACCAUACUACACAGUCCAUGCAGAAGACGCGCAGUACAUGGCACACCAUGUAUAUAAAACCACUUCAGUAAUCAAGUUCUGGGGAGACAGCCAAGGGCAACUAGCAACAACGGCAAUAGGCAGCACCGUGGCAGAAACAUUUUUACGCGAUGCGUUGCUCAAUAAGCAAAUCAAGGUUGAAAUAUGGACAUCGAGCAAAGGCCAGUGGAAGAUAUCAAAAAAAGCUUCUCCGGGCAACCUUCAGGAUGUUGAGGAUUUGUUGUUUUUGAACUCGAGCAUGACAACAUCACCGGUAGUGAUGGCUGUCAAAUUAAGCGCUACAACGGACACAAAGACUGUUGGCGUAUCAUUUACGGAUACAAACGUCAAGGAAAUCGGCGUGUCUGAAUUCAUUGAUAACGAGCUUUAUUCAAACUUUGAGUCGCUUGUGAUCCAACUUGGCGUGAAAGAAUGUAUUGUACCUUCGAACGAUGCUACCAGAGAUUAUGAAUUGACGAAAUUAAAAAGUGUUUUGGAGCGCUGCAGGAUUGUCGUGACAGAAAUUAAAAAGGUGGAUUACAACACCAAGAAUAUUGAACAAGAUCUAAAUCGAUUACUGGAAGGAGAAAUAUCUAUUACUGCACUACCCGAAUAUGAAAUGAAGAAUGCAAUGGGAUCCUGUGCAUGCUUGAUAAAGUACCUUUCACUAGUCGAGGAUGAAAGCAAUUUCAAGCACUACAAACUCAAGGACCAUGAUCUCUCCCAAUAUAUGCGACUUGAUGCUUCAGCGUUGGGCGCACUUAACCUGAUGCCAAGUCCACAGGAAGGAUCCAACAAGUCAAUGAGUCUUUAUGGCUUAUUAAACAAAUGUAAAACUGCCCAAGGGUCGCGUCUAUUGGUCCAAUGGUUAAAACAACCCUUAUUGAACGUCCAAGAAAUCCAGCGACGUCAGGAUCUAGUGGAAAUCUUUUACGAAGGCACAGAGCUACGACAAUCUAUUCAAGAAGAUCAUUUGAAGAAUGUACCGGAUUUACAUCGCUUGGCAAAGCGUUUUCAGAAAGGCAUUGCAUCAUUACAGGAUGUCGUCAGGAUAUACCAAGUCGUAAUCCGACUACCUGCUCUUAUCACUUGUCUGGAAGCACAAGCUCCAGAAGAUGAAGUGAAGGCAAAACUUAUGGACGAUACCUACACUUCUAAAAUCAAGGAUUACUCGGCAAAACUAGACAAGCUCCAAGAAAUGGUAGAAACGACAAUCGACUUGGAUGCGGUGGCGAAUCAUGAAUUUAUUAUCAAACCAGACUUUGACCCUGAUUUACAAGAAAUUCGUAAAGAAAUCAAUGCCGCUCGCAAACAGAUAGACUCUGAACACGCACGCGUCGGUAACAAACUAGGUUUUGACACUGAAAAGAAACUCAAGCUCGAAAAUCAUAAUGUAUAUGGCCAGUGCUUCCGGGUGACUCGCACCGAUGCUUCAGCUAUCCGCAACAAGCCCGAAUACAUUGAAUAUGCUACACAGAAGAUUGGAACAUACUUUGCAACCAGUCGACUUAAAGAACUUAACGAUACGUGGAGCGAACUGUCUAAGCAAUACCAACGACGACAAAGUGAUUUGGUCAAAGAGGUCAUUGGCAUUGUCGCAACCUAUUCUCCCGUACUGGAGCUGCUAAGUGGCGUUCUGGCAAAACUGGAUGUGAUUCUAAGCUUUGCCCAUGUGUCUAUCAUGGCACCCACCCCGUAUAUUCGGCCACUAGUGCAAGAAUUUGGCAACAUUGUGCUUCGCGACUCGCGCCACCCGUGCUUGGAAGUGCAGGAUGACGUGGUGUUUAUUCCGAACGAUAUUGAAAUGGUGAAAGACAAAUCCGAGUUCCAGAUCAUCACUGGCCCCAACAUGGGCGGCAAGUCAACUUAUAUCCGCCAGACGGGCGUCAUUGCAUUAUUAGCACAGAUCGGAUGCUUUGUUCCUUGUGCCGAAGCCAGCAUUGGGAUAUUCGACUGCAUUCUGGCGCGUGUGGGGGCAGGUGACAGCCAGCUGAAAGGCGUUUCGACGUUUAUGGCCGAAAUGCUUGAAACGGCAACCAUCUUGAAGACAGCGACAGCAAAUUCGUUGAUCAUCAUUGAUGAGCUCGGACGUGGUACAAGCACAUAUGACGGGUUUGGUUUGGCUUGGGCUAUUUCGGAGCACAUUGCAACCGAGAUUCGCGCGUUCUGUUUAUUCGCAACGCACUUUCACGAGCUAACGGCGCUUGCAGAGACAAUACCACACGUGAAGAAUCUCAAUGUUGCAGUGCACAUGGGAGAAACUGGCGGAGGUCUGACACUGCUGUAUAAAGUUAUGGAAGGUAUCUGCGACCAAAGUUUCGGAAUCCAUGUCGCGGAGCUUGCACAGUUUCCUAGCAGUGUGGUGCGUCUGGCCAAACGGAAAGCUGCAGAACUGGAGGAUGUUGAUCCAGUGGAUAGCCAGCAUACAAAGAAACAGGCUACGGCCGAAAGCGAGGAGACUUCGCAACUGCUGAGCCAAAUCGUGCAAGAGCUCAAAGCAGCGGCUGCGGCAGAGCAAGACGAUGAAGCAUUACUCCAAACCGUGCACGGCGUGCGCGAAAAGUACAAGCAGAAGCUACUCGGGCUUUGAAUACAAGCAGCAGCAGCAGCAGCAC